AAAUGGAAAGUAUCUUUCAAAUACAUGUCAAGUGCAACUCUCUUGCUCUCUUUCGUUUAUGCUCGCUCUCUGUCUCCAUUUUGCAUAUGUGUGUGUGCGCCUGUAUAACAGGUGCCAAAAAAUAAAUGGCAAUGGUUACUUUUAUGCUCACAUUGUGUGGGCGGCUGGCUGAAAGGGAGGGAAAAGGAUGUACGAAUGAAUAAAACCGAAUGAUAUGAUAUUCUGGGCCAUUAUCAACAACCGUCAACACGCAUAACACAUGCCAUGGAUGUCAGAACUAAAACCGGAUAUCUGAACAAACCAAUAUAGAACAACACACACAUACAUUAAACUAAGCAAUAUUUAAUUUGGUUGAGUGAAAUUCACACGAAAAACGCAAAAAUUUAAUUUUAAAGUUCAACGAGUUGCAAAAAUAAAACUAAAACGCGAACUGCAUAAAUCACAAUUACGAGCGAAACGCGUUAAACCAUGACUAAAGCAAUUUUGUAACUAUAACCAAGGCGAAACGGAGGGAAAAUAAUAGUUAUUAAAUAAUGAUGGUGGAAAACACGAAAGUAAUCCUCUUAAGAAAAUUAUAAAUAUUAUUACUGUCAUUAAGCAUAAUGAAUACAUACCCAAAUUCAAAACAAUUUUAAUAUCCAUACAGACACAAAACCAGGACAUCAAUUCAUUUGAAUACAAAGUGUUCUAUUAUAUAGAAAACUCAUUUCGCAAAUGAUGUUUAGAUUUUCGAUAAGCAACUGAAACGCGCACAAGAUUGAUACAAAUUUUUAAUAAUAAUUCGUUAGACCAUAAGGAAGGACAGCCCAAAAACAGCUGACGAAUCUAAGCGGGAUUAAAUCGGGAAUUCGUGGAAAAACCUCGAUUAACUGAAAUUGGAUUAUUCGAUUUAACUCGAUAUAAACAUACGCAUAUUUCAAUAAUCGCAUCUAACCAAGUAAUAAUCAUUAUUGAACUAAAAUUAAUUGCAUUAACUUCAUUACUAAUCAACCAAAAAUUCUGGGAGACAAAUUUUAAAAACCGAAGUUUUGAAGGAAUAAUAAUAAUAAUACGCAAUCUAAACGUAAAUCAAGUGUAACACACAAAUCAGUAAACGGAAUAGUUAUACAAACAAUUGUUCAACACGAUCAGCUCAAACCUUGAAUGCCAAUUGGAAAGUAUUUUGAUUGCAUAACAGAUGAAGAAGGAAAAUAAAAGCCGCCACUUUUGAAUAUAUAGACAAGGAAGAGGUCAAGAAAAUCAAUAGAAACCAAAUGCUACAAAGCACUGCCAUAUACAACUGCAACGGAUUGCAUUAGGACAACUAACGAUUGAAUAGCUCUACAUAUAUACCAAAAUAAUACGAAUAAUUACUACAAAAUUAAAAUUAAACCAAGACCACAAGAACAAAUGAGAGAGAAAAGGAAGGCACCGAAAAUUAUAAGCUUGCAAAAUGGUUUGAUAUUGCAAAAGCCAUCUGUCUCUUUUCUUCUCUCCAAAUGAAAGAAGCCCCACAAUGAAAAAGGAAGUCAAAGUAUAAACUUUUAUUGUAAGGAAACGCAUAAAAAUAAUAGGAACACGCUCUUCGGGUUGUAAAGAAAAUAAGAAGACAAAAGAAAGACAUAAUAAUGUUGCAAACAAUAAAACAUAUACUUGCCAUAUUGAUAUAAAAAGGAGGACGUGAAAGGGCGGUGAGAAUUUCAUAAGAUUAGUAGCUAUUAAGAAGGGGACAAUGUAAGCUGCAGCAGCUGGAUAAGGCCGACGAAAACCCGAAUAUUAAAUUAUUGUAAUCUAGUAGAGAGCAGACAACAUAUCCGCUGGCAACAACCAACACCGAAAGAGACUAUGAAAAAUGCACAACUGAAACUGACUGAAGUUGACGAUGAUGAGCUGUGGCUGGCAGUAAGAUUAGCGCACUGCAGCAGCAGCAGCAACAGCGGCAGCGGCAGCAACAAGAGGCAACACCAGCAACUCAACCAACUGCAACCAAGGAGCUUAAGUACAAAACACCACAGCAUCAUUGCCAGCGAGCAGCACAAUAGCCAAGAACAGAAGCCAUCACCAAGAGCGGAAGAUGUAGUCACUUACACAGGCAGCAAUGACCAGCAGCAGCAGCAGCAGCAGCUAGACAGCAACAUGUUGUCGCCCUUUCGCUUCACAGCCGCAGCAAUUGCUGCCGGCGAUCAAGCAACAACCCAACAACCAACAAACAUAAGACUGUGUGCACGCAAGCGACAAAGGUUGCGUCGCCGACGAAAAAGAAAACCAGCAACCCCUAAGGAGGCAGCAGCAACAGCAGCAACAGCAACAGCAGCAGCAACAACUAGCAAUAGCAACACGAGCACCAGCACAAGCAACAUCAAUCUGCAUCCAACUGCCACCUACAUGCAAUGUCACACCAGCAUUCCGAUAUCGCGAUCGAGUCACGACCUCUCAUGGGUGUUGCAGGUGCUGCAGGUGUUGCUGGUGCACCUGCAACAGUGGCAGCUUCGCGUGCUCAAGGGGAUCGCGAUCAGCAGCACCGCCUUCAUUUCCUAUUUGGGCAGCUUUGCGGCGCAACUGAGGAGCAGCAGCAGCAGUCACAGCCAACACAGCAGCAGCAGCAGCACGCAAAUAAUCAACGGACUUAAUAAACACUCAUGGAUAUUUUUAUUGAUAUAUUUGAAUUUAUCUGCUAAAGUUUGCCUAGCAGGAUAUCAUGAAAAGAGACUGUUACAUGAUCUUUUGGAUCCUUAUAAUACACUAGAACGUCCCGUUCUCAAUGAAUCGGACCCGUUACAAUUAAGCUUUGGUUUAACAUUAAUGCAAAUUAUCGAUGUGGACGAGAAAAAUCAAUUGCUAGUCACGAAUGUGUGGUUGAAGCUGGAGUGGAACGACAUGAAUCUGCGCUGGAACACCUCCGACUACGGCGGCGUGAAGGAUCUGCGAAUACCGCCGCACCGGAUCUGGAAGCCGGACGUGCUGAUGUACAACAGUGCGGAUGAGGGAUUCGACGGCACCUACCAGACAAACGUGGUGGUUCGCAACAACGGGUCCUGCCUGUACGUGCCGCCGGGGAUCUUCAAGUCGACGUGCAAGAUCGACAUCACGUGGUUCCCCUUCGACGACCAGCGCUGCGAGAUGAAGUUCGGCAGCUGGACCUACGACGGAUUCCAGCUGGAUUUACAAUUACAAGAUGAAACUGGCGGUGAUAUCAGCAGUUACGUGCUCAACGGCGAGUGGGAACUACUGGGUGUGCCUGGCAAGCGUAACGAGAUCUAUUACAACUGCUGCCCGGAACCCUAUAUAGAUAUAACCUUCGCCAUCAUCAUCCGCCGACGGACUCUGUACUAUUUCUUCAACCUGAUCAUACCCUGUGUACUGAUUGCCUCCAUGGCCCUGCUCGGCUUCACCCUGCCGCCGGAUUCGGGUGAAAAAUUGUCACUGGGUGUUACCAUCUUGCUCUCGCUGACCGUGUUUCUCAAUAUGGUUGCCGAGACAAUGCCGGCCACCUCCGAUGCGGUUCCAUUGUUGGGUACAUAUUUCAAUUGCAUAAUGUUUAUGGUAGCUUCAUCCGUUGUGUCAACGAUUUUAAUAUUAAAUUAUCAUCAUCGAAAUGCUGAUACGCACGAAAUGUCCGAAUGGAUACGCAUCGUGUUUCUGUGCUGGCUGCCAUGGAUACUGAGAAUGAGUCGACCGGGCCGACCGCUGAUCCUGGAGUUCCCGACCACGCCCUGUUCGGACACCUCCUCCGAGCGGAAGCACCAGAUACUCUCCGACGUCGAGCUGAAAGAGCGCUCCUCGAAAUCACUGCUGGCCAACGUACUAGACAUCGAUGAUGACUUCCGGCACAAUUGUCGCCCCAUGACGCCCGGCGGAACACUGCCACACAAUCCGGCUUUCUAUCGCACGGUUUAUGGACAAGGCGACGAUGGCAGCAUUGGGCCAAUUGGCAGCACCCGAAUGCCGGAUGCGGUCACCCAUCAUACGUGCAUCAAAUCAUCAACAGAAUAUGAACUAGGUUUAAUCUUAAAGGAAAUUCGCUUUAUAACUGAUCAGCUACGUAAAGAUGACGAGUGCAAUGACAUUGCCAAUGAUUGGAAAUUUGCAGCUAUGGUCGUUGACAGACUGUGCCUUAUCAUAUUCACAAUGUUCACAAUAUUAGCCACAAUAGCUGUACUACUAUCAGCACCACAUAUUAUUGUCUCGUAGCCAUAUGGGCGAGGUGGUUAUUGUUAUUGGUUUUAUUAUAAAAUCAAUUUGUUAAUUAUUAAAUUAAUAACGAAACUUUUUAAGUAAAUUAAACUAAAAAAACGA